AGCUUCCCGGGGCGGCUGCUGAGGGCGCUCCCCGCUGUGCGCGGGCGACGCUCGCGGUAAAACUGGGGUGUGAGGGGGGCGCUCGGCAGCUGAACUUUCGGGCUGUCCGCGACGCAGAGACGCAAGAUCACCGGAUCUGAGGAGGAGAGGAACUUGACUGCCCCAGCCCAGAAUCCCCGGCUUCACAGAUCCAAAAACUGAAUUCCGCGAGUCAGUGCCAAGAUUUCCGAAGGCGUAAACCCCUCUCGUUUUCAACGUUGCUCAUUUUCCUACCACUCUUCUCCUCCUUCGAGAGAUAAAAGGGCAAAAGAUACUAAGACUGGAAGGUAGUUUUUCCUGGCCAAAGAUGGAAAACAGUACUACUACCAUUUCUCGCGAGGAGCUUGAAGAACUCCAAGAAGCAUUUAAUAAAAUAGACAUUGACAACAGUGGAUAUGUCAGUGACUAUGAACUUCAGGACCUGUUUAAGGAAGCAAGCCUUCCUCUUCCUGGCUACAAGGUGCGAGAGAUUGUGGAGAAAAUUCUAGCCGUGGCUGACAACAACAAAGAUGGCAAAAUCAGUUUUGAAGAGUUUGUGUCUCUAAUGCAAGAGUUAAAAAGCAAAGAUAUCAGCAAAACAUUCCGGAAAAUAAUUAACAAGCGGGAAGGGAUCACUGCUAUUGGGGGAACCUCAUCGAUUUCUAGUGAAGGCACCCAGCAUUCUUAUUCAGAGGAAGAGAAAGUAGCCUUUGUGAACUGGAUAAACAAAGCCCUGGAGAACGACCCUGACUGUAAGCACCUCAUACCCAUGAAUCCCAAUGACGACAGCCUUUUCAAGUCACUUGCCGAUGGCAUCCUUCUUUGCAAAAUGAUCAACUUAUCUGAACCAGAUACAAUUGAUGAAAGAGCCAUUAACAAGAAAAAACUCACCCCUUUCACUGUUUCUGAAAAUUUAAACCUAGCCCUGAAUUCCGCCUCUGCCAUUGGUUGCACAGUAGUCAACAUCGGCGCACAAGACCUCAAAGAAGGAAAACCUCACUUGGUCUUGGGACUUCUCUGGCAGAUCAUCAAAGUUGGUCUUUUUGCUGAUAUUGAGAUUUCCAGAAAUGAAGCUUUGAUUGCCUUGCUAAACGAAGGCGAGGACCUCGAGGAGCUGAUGAAGCUUUCCCCCGAGGAGCUGCUGCUGCGAUGGGUGAACUACCACCUGACCAACGCAGGCUGGCCCACCAUCAGCAACUUCAGCCAAGACAUUAAGGAUUCAAGAGCCUAUUUUCAUCUGCUUAAUCAGAUUGCCCCUAAGGGUGACAGGGAAGAUGGACCUGCUAUUGCCAUCGAUCUUUCAGGAUUUAAUGAGAAAAAUGACCUAAAGCGUGCUGAAUUCAUGCUUCGAGAAGCAGAUAAACUGGGAUGUAGACAGUUUGUUACUCCUGCUGAUGUGGUUUCAGGCAAUCCUAAACUUAAUUUAGCCUUUGUAGCGAAUCUGUUUAAUACAUACCCAUGCCUGCACAAGCCUGAUAAUAAUGACAUCGAUAUCAAUUUAUUGGAAGGAGAAAGCAAGGAAGAAAGGACAUUUCGGAACUGGAUGAAUUCCUUGGGGGUCAACCCUUACAUUAAUCAUUUGUACAGUGACCUUGCGGAUGCGUUAGUGAUCUUCCAGCUGUAUGAAAUGAUCCGAGUGCCAGUCAACUGGAGCCACGUCAACAAACCUCCUUACCCUGCGCUUGGAGGGAACAUGAAGAAGAUUGAAAACUGUAACUACGCAGUGGAGCUUGGAAAGAAUAAGGCUAAAUUCUCUCUGGUGGGCAUUGCUGGGCAAGACCUAAAUGAAGGAAAUGCAACACUUACGCUGGCGUUGGUAUGGCAGCUGAUGAGAAGGUACACACUGAAUGUGUUAUCAGACCUUGGAGAGGGUGAGAAAGUAAAUGAUGACGUUAUUAUUAAAUGGGUCAAUCAGACUCUUAAAAAUGCAAACAAAAGUACUUCUAUUUCCAGUUUCAAGGAUAAAUCCAUUAGUACAAGUUUACCUGUACUAGAUUUAAUAGAUGCCAUUGCACCAAAUGCAGUUCGUCAAGAAAUGAUCAAAAGAGAAAAUUUAUCUGAUGAGGACAAGCUGAACAAUGCUAAAUAUGCCAUUUCAGUUGCUCGAAAGAUGGGUGCCCGGAUAUAUGCAUUACCUGAUGACCUCGUAGAAGUAAAACCAAAGAUGGUUAUGACGGUGUUUGCGUGCUUAAUGGGAAGAGGACUGAACAGAAUAAAAUAAUCGAACAUUUCAUAUGAUUUUUCUGCCACAUUCAACAUAUUGAAUGCCUCACAGUUUACAGAAUUCUGAAAUGUAGUGGAUAUAAAAUCAGAUUAUUUGUAUGUUCAAAAUAAUUAUAUAUUCAUUAAUGAUUUCAGUAUCCUGAUCAUGCUAGUUAGAAUUUGUCAACCUUUUUGGAUACAACAAUUAAUUUACCAAUCAAUACUGAUCACAGAGUAUUUCAUUAUCAAUCUGAUAUUUCAUGAUUAAAGUAUUCUGUUUCCUGAAAGUCUUAUUUAAGUAAGACUAAUUCAUUCUUUUUCAUGAUUCAAAAAAGAUCAAUACAAACGUUUCUGCA